GAAUCCAUCACCAAAAGCCGUAGCCUCUCAGCCUUUUUUCUUCCAUCUCGUGCUCUCUUUCUUUCUCGGCCAGCCCUAGCUCUACAUCCCUCAAGAAACCAUCGAUCGAGGGCGGCCAGAAAGAAAGAUCACAAUAAUACAUUUUUAUUACACAUUAAUUUGCACGCCAUGGCGAGGUUCGUCAUCAUCUCCGUCGUCGUCGCCGUCGCCGCAUUCGCCGCCGUCGAGGCCCGCGUCGCUCCGACCAGCUUGAACACCAUCGCCGACAAUGGCCGCAAGAUGGCCGCCGCCGCCAUCGACGAGUGCGCCUUGACCUGCGAACAUGUGAGGAACAAGAGGAUGUGCGACACGCUGAGGAAGCUGCCGGGGGUGAGCUCGCCGCGGGACCUGCUGUCGGCGGCGGUGAAGAUGUCGGCGGCGAAGGCGAAGGCGGCGAAGGCGAGGUUCGAGGCGGCGGCGGCGUCGUCGUCGUCGAAGGCGGGGAACCCGACGGCGUCCAUCCUGGACACCUGCAUCAGCGGCUACGACAGCGUGGUGGCGGCGCUGGAGGAGGUGCAGCAGUGCAUCGACGCCAAGGACAGCAAGGCCACCCUCGUCUCCAAGAUGUCGGCGGCGGCCACCUUCACCGACGACUGCGACGACGCCUUCGUCGAGUUUGCCGAGGCGCCCAGCUUCGCCGCCGUGCAGCGGAACGUCCGCCGCGUCGUCUCCAGCACCCUUGCCAUCGCCGCCAAGCUCAAGCAAUAGAUCUACGCGCCUACGCGGCCUGAUCGUCAUCGAUCUCAAGUUCUCAACCAUCGAUUAACUACGUGCUAUUUUUUGUACGUGAUUAAUUUAACACAUACGCUUAAUUAGCACGUGCUGAAUUUGCAUGUGUAAGAUCGAGAUCAGGAGGAGUGGUCUUGUAAUUAAGUAGCACUGGGAAAAAAAAUACCCCCCCCCCCCCCAAAAAAAAGAGAAAAGGCUGGAGAGAAAUUUAUUUUGUAGUGUGAAUCUUUAAUUAACACGGCAAUUUAACAGAUUGGUCUCGUGUA